GACCGCGAGAUCGUGACCUGGCUGAAGUCGGACGCUCAACCGACUGCGCCACCCAGGCGCCCCGUGUCUGAAAUGAUUUCAAAACGAAAAGGAAAGAGAUAAGGGGAUUGAAGGAGCAUCUUCACAAGCAGUGGGGAACACUUUCCAUUCUAGAGGCCAGGCGUGAAGGGAGGCGUGCUCAGAGGACAGAGGUUUGCAGACUAGAACCUUCAGUUCAGACCCAGCCUCACCCUCAAGUGACAUCACAAAGCCUCAGACGCCCCCGCCCACCACCCAGAAGUUUUAUCAAUUAAGCCAUCAGCGCAGGACUAUAUUUGCACUGGAAGCUGUUGUCCAACCUGGCCAAGCACACUUCUCCUCUCCCUGUUCAGUUAUGUCCGAGAAAAAUGGCGCCAUGCAAGCAACAGGGUGGACAGACGUGUGACUGCAGCUCCUCACCCACUCUGAGGAUAUAACAAAGAGCCGUCUGGUUCUCCUGGUGCAUAGUCGUUGGGGGAGUCUGCUCAUACCACUUAGCUCAGCCCUCUCGGAGAACCCUAUGUCUUCCUCACAACUCCCAGCCUUCCUGUGGGACAAGAGCACACUCACCACCGCCAUAUCUGACCCUGCUCACCUAGUAAAGGUUCUCUUCUUCUUUGCACUCCUGAUGACCCUAGUCACUCUACUCAUCCUGGUCUGGAAGGUAACCAAAGACCGAGGCAACAAGAAGAGAGAGCCAGACCCGAGAAAGGAAGAUACUCUGCUGGCGUGAAGGUGGACAGUCACUGCCAAGGACUCCAUUGAGGGGAAGACUGGAGGCUCAGGAGGCAGCGCCAUCCUGGAGCCAGAACCUGAGGAGGAAGAGCUGCUUUGCGGGGGAGGUCCCCCGGGGAGGGGGGGGUCCCCCAGGGCCUCCCCCCUCCUCCACCACCACUUAUGUAAUUCACACUCAUCUUGCUGUUCUCUGGCUCAUCCAGGCUGCCAGGUUUGAAUGUCUUCUCUCUGUGGAUCUUCUAGACUGAAAUUAUAAAUGGCUCUUGAUUUCUGCAUUAACCGAGGAAAAAACAAACAAACACGUGGAGAAUUAAAAAUUGAUUACAAAGCCCACAUCUUCCUUUCUAAAUUGGGCAUGUGUUGACUCUGGGAUAUUGAAAUUAUUGGGAGCUCACAGCAUCUCUGACUAUAUAAUGAAGCUAUACCAGAAGCUCGGUUCCAGAAGAUCCUUGAAAUAGAACAGCUCACCUACUCCAAAUUCUAGGUAAAAUGCUCCCUCCUCUUCACCUAAUUCUAAGAAU